AGCUUCUCGACUCAAGACCGGAAAACCCGCCGGUCGAAUGCUUUCACUUCUGCAACUAGUUUUUCACGCAGAGCUAUGGCUUGGCUUCGCAGAAGUUUGCUCCACAGAUUGUGACACCAACUUGCUGCAGGUGGGUUUGAAUUUGGACGCCCGGUCCCCACUGGAAUCGGCGACCGAUGCUGACACGGCGCGAACUCGAACCCGCGCAGCGGCCUCUCUGAAGAGGGGAGAGGCGAAAAGCCAGGACUGCCCGCCCAGCUUUCCGGGCUGCACGGGGCAGCUCUUGGACGUCUGCUCCGUCAGCAGCACGAGCUUCCUCAGGCUCGGCCACUCCUCUGGCGAGUUGAUGCUGGACGUCACCAAUGCCCUGACGCCCCGCACCAGAGUUCAGGUGCUGGUUAUGGCGAUGUUCAAGACGGGGGGGUACGCGGAUGACUUGGGCUACGUGGCCGAACGCGCCAGCCCCGCGGAAAACACCCAGUCCCUGCUCUUGGAGCUCGAGGUGUCCUCGGACGGCACAACCGUGGAUGUGUACAAACCCAUCAUGGACAUUCGGACCUCGGAUCCACAGUCGCUCUACGCGGUGGAGCGCGGCCUUGGGAACACCUUACAAGAGUCGCUGCCGCGGUUUAACUGCGUGGACAAUGAGAGCCGCAUCAUUGUGGAAGCACAAAGAUUGCUGGGAAGCGGCUUCUUCGUGGUGAACACAGCCCAGUUGGGCCCUGAACACACGGUGGUCCACGCAAAAGAGUAUCAGAAGAACUUCGACAUCACGGCGGACUACGGGCCACAGCUGCCCUUGCUGCGGGUGGGCUACACAGUAGUGCUACUACCGGACGAGCCCAUGCAGAUCCGGAAGAACGACGACCGGCUCCUCUACUUCGAUACGCAGUUCCAUGACAUAGGGAGCCACCCGAAGCUGGCCUCCGAGACGCGGAGCCAAUCUGUGGACAAGGACCGCUCGAUGAUUUGGAGGUACAACGUUAAUCGCGACAAGACCCUCCGCUUCUACGUGGAUCCGAGCGUUCCCAAGCGCUGGCGGCCCUACUUCAGGAAGGGCAUCGAGCUCUGGAACGAUGCCUUCACGCUGAUUGAAAGGCCCAAUGCGGUCCAGGCCGUUUUGCCGGAGGAUGCCGACUGGCCCUCUGACUACGACAUCUCGGACGCGCGGUUCAGUACAGUGACCUGGGACUUGGCCUCCAGCACCUUCUCGAUGGGCAUCGCCAAGGUGGACCCUCGUAGUGGGGAGAUCAUCAAGUCGGACGUGUGCAUGGGGGACAGCUGGGUGAAAGCCUACCUACAAGACUUAGAGAUGCAGGUGGUGAAUGUGACCGCCUUCGCACGCACGGCGGUGACACGCGCCAAGAGCUCGCUGCUGAGCAAAGAUGCCUCGCGGACGCGGUCCGAUGCCAAGCAGCUUCACCAGAGCAGGACGCAGUUGCUGCGGGCAGAGCUGGCGGACCGGAAAGGUCGGUCCUUCGGCUUCGCGAGCAUCGUCGAAGAGCGCGAGCUUUCGGUGAUCGAGGAGCUGGUGGGCAGCGGCUUGACGGAGGUGGUGGCUCACGAGAUUGGGCACUGCCUGGGCCUGCGCCACAACUUCAAGGGCUCUAUGGCCAUCAGUCCAGAGUGUCUACAGGAUAUGGCCUGCACGGCUGAGAAGGGGACCUCAGCUUCAGUGAUGGAUUACAUUGCCAUGAAUCUGCCAAAAGCCGGGACACCCACUCACGUUUGGUCUCCGACGGUGGGCGCCUACGACAAGCUGGCGAUCAAGUACGGCUACACCCACUUCACUUCGCCACCCGAGGAGGCGGCGCCCAUCCUGCAGGAGACGCUCCGGGAAGCAGAGUCCUAUCAGUACUGCGCUGACACGGACAACAGCUACGGGGAGGAUCCCUCCUGCAUUGACUACGACCUGUCCUCUGAUCCCAUUGGGUACUGGGAGGGUCAGAUCUCCCUCUUUGCGCAAGUGCAGAAGAAGCUGCUGGACCGAACAGUGCCGCUGAAACAGUCUUACGAGCUCUACGGCUAUGGUGUGGAUCUGGUGCUUUCGAGCUACGUGCCGGAGAUCGGGUUCCGAGCCAUCCAGUACCUCGGGGGCAUGAACAACUCCUACCUUCACAGGUACGAGGACCAGCAGGGCCGGCCCAGCUCUGUCAUGGCGGGCGCCUUGCAGCGUCGCGCCCUUGAGGUGGCGCUCAGAAUUUUGCGCCCUGCAAACGAGCAGCUGCUGCCGCCAGAGGAGAACCUACCUUUCCUCGUAGAGAGCCAUAGCUCCGAUGGCUCCAUCGUCAGCUUGGACGUGAACGACCUGAUGCGUCGGACCCGGCAGCUCAUUCUGGAGGAGCUGCUGGGCUAUGACAGAUUACAAAAGGUGCACCGCCAGGAGCGGAUGUCCACCGAUUCCGAUGCCUUCACCGUGGCUGAGCUCCUGUCAAGCACGGUGUACAACGUCUUUGGCGCGGGCCUCGACAACGUGACCUCCGAGGACGAGCGAGAUCUGCAGCGGCAGUUUAUGGAUGUCUUCACCUCCUCGCUGCCUGCAGUUCGCUCCGCGGAGUCCGACAUCAUGAUGCAGUUGCAGUACACCCGGCGCUUCCUGCAGCAGAUGCUGGAGGUGGCGGAGCAGCGGCUCGGUACGGAUCCCGGCUGGAGGUCCUGUGCCGGCUUCAACGAGACGUGCGCCUGCGAGGGCUUGCUGCGGCUGGGCAUGGACGACGUGAAGUCCACUGAGCAGUGGGGCGCGCGGCGCUGCACGCCCCAGCUCUUUGGACUGGAGGC